AUGCCAUGGGGCUCAAAUCGAUGCCAGCAGGUCCACAGUUUUGAUGACCCUCUGGCAAAAACGCUCGAUGCCAACGACAUUGUUUUUGCUGUGCAUGUACCCCUACCCAACACUGAAAUGAGUCCGUGGUUUCAAUACAUGCUGGCUGUUCUGCAGUUUGACAUUGCAUUCAAAAUGAUAAAUCAGAUUGAAGAUGAUGUGGUCAUCACUAUCGAUGCCCGUUUGGCGUACAGGGACGACAUGACGUCUGAGUGGACCACAAAAUUUCACUCGGUGGAGCAAAGGCCACUCAGAUGCACAUUUGCAGUAUCCAAGACGUAUGAAAACGAAGGGCGCUUUUAUCACUGUGACCCAAUACCAUUCAUGGAGCUGGGAAGUGUAGCCCACAAAUAUUUUUUAAUGAACCUGCGUUUGCCAGUGAAUGACACAAUGAACGUUGGCAUCGGGGAAAUAAAGGACAUCCAUGUAGUGGGCAUCCACCAGAAUGGAGGCUUCACCAAAGUGUGGAUCAGCAUGAAGACUGUGUUCAGUCCCUGGAUAUCAGUGGCUACAGUUUGGUACUGGUACAGGAUUCGGCUCUUGGCGAGACCUCCGGUCCUUUUGGAAAAGUAUGUUUUGGCUAGCCUGCAUGUGGAAAGAGAGAUUAAGAUGGAUGUAAGUGUUUCUUUCACUGAUGUAUUCGUCCUGCUCAGGGUGAUUUUUGCUCUGGGCCUCUCAAUGGCCUUCCUGGACAUGCCGGUGGAGUGGCUGUCCAUGGGCUUUGAGUGGACAUGGAUGCUGCUGUUUGAAGAUGCCCAGCAGGGCGCCUUAUACUCUGUACUCUUCUGUUUCUGGAUCAUCUUCUGUGGUGAACACCUCAUGGACCAACGUCAGAGGAAUCUCCUCUCAGCUUAUUGGUGGCAAGUUGGGCUUGUGGUGUUUGGAUCUUCUGUUCUUCUCAUAUUUGACCUGAGUGAAAGGGGGGUUCGUUUGAGCAAUCCAUUCUACAGUGUGUGGGCGUCAGAAUCCAGGAGUAAGGUUGCAGUAUCCUUCAUUAUUGUGGCAGGGAUUUCUGUUUGCCUUUAUUUCUUCUCCCUGUGUCGCAUGGUGCACUGCGUGUUCAGAACCAUUAGUGGGAAAAUGCAACAGCUUCCUACAAUGCCAGAGACUCGGAGACUGCGCUAUAAGGGUAUUAUUUUCAGGUUUAAAUUUUUAAUGCUGGCAACACUCACAUGUGCUGCUCUCACCAUCAUCUUCUUCAUCUUAAAUCAAGUCAGUGAAGGUCAUUGGCACUGGGGAGACUACACUCUCCAGGUCCACAGUGCUUUUCUUACAGGAAUCUAUGGCAUGUGGAACCUGUACGUUUUUACCAUUAUCUUCCUCUAUGCCCCCUCACACAAGCACAACGGGAAGAAGUCAGGAGACACUCAACACACAGAUAUGACGGACAAGCCCGAGAGCCAAGAGACACAGCUGACCUGUGGAGAGCAGGGGCCGACAGAGGUCUACAGGAUCACUGGGAAGGUGGCUGAGGAAUAGCUGCUUAUUUUAAACUUUGUGACUGUGGGAAAAAUAAUUAAAGCAUGCUAUAAAUUGAAGUUCUUAUUGUUAUCUAACAGACAUCUUCUACGUGGUAUGACAGGAAAUUUGUUAACUUGUGACUCCCCUAAUGUGACUAUGUUGUUACAACCUCCUAUAAUGUAGAUUUGUUUCCUUAAACUUGUAAUGAAAAGAAAAAGUGGCCAAUCUUUUCAAUCUUUGUAUCUUUGCAAAAUGCCAAAAUAAAUCUAAAUCCUUUGUUAAAUACUUGGUUGAAUACUAUAUAUAUACAGUACAGUACAGUACUCAACGAAGUGCAUGGACAGUUAAACAUUUCUUCACAAUUUUUCAGGUUUUGUGCACAUUCAGUCUAAAACACAGAUACAAAAUACAGCUUUAAUUUUUUAAAUGUAAAUAGUGAAAAAGCAUUGUGUGAAAGUAUUAUAUAUAUGCUUUCUACUAAUAAAACAGUGCUCAAAUUGCUUAUUUCAACUUACUUUGCUACUGAAUGUUUCUGGCGUUUAUUACUUUAUGCAAGAAUGAGCUUUCAUGACAUGCAGCGUAAGGUUGUAACAAACAAAUGAAUUAAAUCAUACAUCUAGACCAGGGAUCUCAAAUAUGUGGCCAAAGCGCCAGAACAGACCCAUGUAGCCACCAGAUGAAAGGUCUGAAAAUUAGUCUGAAGUGUUCAUUUUAUAGACGUCUAAGAUAUUUUCCAUGGCCUGCCAGAGAUAAACCAAAAAAAAAUAAAAAUAAAAAUUUGGUGUUUUUUCCAGCAAAUAUUUGAUUAUAUCACUGAAAAUUUCCUGCUUGUGUUUCAGUACAUCCACUGUCCUGUUUGUUUUUAUUUAUGGAGCAAAGUCCGGGUAAAAGACUGCUAGUACUGUAUCUGUAACUUUAGACAUUUAUUUCCUUGAUUGUGGUUAAAACCCGAGGAGUCCAGCUAACAGCUCUCUUUAUCUACAAUAACAGCAUUUCUUUAAUGCGAAAAAACCCCAAAAAACCCUGAGGCCUUUUGUUGCAAUGGCAUGUAAUUUUCUUCAUCAUCUCAGACUGUUCAUCUGCAAGAUGCUUUAUGGAAUGUAAAUGUUUUCAGAAUGUGCUAAAACAUAUACUAGAAGAAAUGGGAAGAAUUUUGAAUUUUAAAAAUGUUUAUUUGGUUUAUUCAUUUUUAGAUUAUUAUGCAGUUGUUUUACUGGUCAAGUCAGUAGAUGAAGCUCUGUCAAGUCCAUGAAUUAAAUUUGACACCACUGAGCUAGAUAAGUAAGUAAAAUUAGUCGAUUUGUUUACCAGUGCUUCAGGUAUGUCUUGGAUAUAUAUAUAUAUAUAUAUAUGAACUUCUCUGGGUAUUGACAAUCAGGAGACAAAAUUAAAGGGGAAAAAAAACCUAUUUCUGACUAAUGAAAAAUAUUUGUAUUUUUUAUUUAUCAAGAUUACAAAAAGCAAAACAAAACCGCACUUCAUACUGAAAAUAUAUUUAUGGCAAGUGCAGGAUCAUUUUGAAACGUGGACGUGGACACCUGC